AUGAGCUCCGCCACCGAUGUCUCGGCCGGCGCCGCCAGCGUGCGGCUCCGUCAGAAACCGGCUCUGUCUCCAUCUUCCAAUCAGCAAUCGGAGCCUGCAGCUCAGCAGGAGUCGGAUCAGAAGCCGAAAAAGACUUUUGGUCGAACACCCGAUGGCACAGUCUUCACCGUUCCCACGACCCAUGACAUGGUGUCCCAGCUCCUGGAUCCCCGGCAGCCCAAGAAUCUUUCCGACGUCCUCGUGCUCGCGUUCCUUGGUGGCAUGAUCGCCAUUGCAUACCUCCUUCCUUGGGGUCUGAAGCGGCCUGUUUUUGCCCUGAUCUUCCUCUUCUGGAGAGCGUCCUACAACAUUGGCAUCGGCUAUCUCCUGACUAUCCAGUCCCAGCACCGUCGCCUGGAGACCUGGGCCACGCGGUGGAAGCUUUUUGAGCACCCAAGCACUGGCAAACAGCCCAGGCCUUGGCUGUACAACACCCUAAAGCGUGAGCUUGAGGCUAAGAUUCCCGAAGACUACGAGUUCGAGAAGGCGCCCAUGGAGUACAACACCUGGUUGACCUUCCGUCGCGUUGUUGACCUCAUCCUCAUGUGUGACUUCGUAUCCUACUGCCUGUUCGCCAUCAUCUGCGGUCACAAGCCCGAGGGCGAGAGCUUCGUCAUUGGCGCCGUGCGUUGGUCCAUCGGCAUUGGCCUCGUCCUCUUCAACCUGUGGGUCAAGCUCGAUGCGCACAGAGUGGUCAAGGAUUACGCCUGGUACUGGGGUGAUUUCUUCUAUCUUAUCGACCAGGAGCUCACUUUUGACGGUGUCUUUGAGAUGGCUCCCCACCCCAUGUACUCCAUUGGCUAUGCCGGUUACUAUGGCAUCUCCAUGAUGGCCGCGAGCUAUGAGGUGCUGUUCAUCUCCAUCGUCGCUCAUCUUGCUCAGUUCGCCUUCCUGGUCAUCGUCGAGAACCCUCACAUCGAGAAGACGUACAACCCGCCCCCACCCCGUAAGCGCACCAUGUCCGGACAUGAGGCCCAGCCCGCCGCCCUGGGCGGCUUCGAAGUCGCUGAUGAAGUCGUGAUUGAUACUACCGUGCCCCCCAAGGAGGCGCCGUCCCAAGUUCACAACCUGCUCGGCCUGCACAAUCUCGACCUCUUCCGGAUCACCGACUACACAGUCAUCAUGCUGCCUUUCUACAUGGCUCUGCUCACGAUUGUCACGCCCUCUACUCCUCUGUUCCAGGCCCUCUUCGCCGCGCAUGCCGUCAUCUGGCGCGCCUGGUACCACAUUGGACUGGGGUACAUCUUGACCGAGCAGUCCAAGCGCAAGAUGUGGACGAGGCAUUUCCUCAAGUUUGGCGAGAGCACCGCCGAGGGCUGGCAGCAGUGGAAGGGCAUGUACCACGUCAGCAUGGUCAUGUGCUACACCUCGUUCGUUGCAGCCUGCUGGAAAAUGUACUCGACUCCCGAGGACUGGAACUACGGUUGGGUCCUGCUCUGGCACGUUCUCGGCGCCGGUCUUGUUGCCCUGCAGAUCUGGACCGCUGUCAGCGUUUAUGACUCCCUCGGCGAGUUUGGCUGGUUCUUCGGUGACUUCUUCUACGACCACCAGGCCAAGCUGACCUACACGUCCAUCUACCGUUUCCUGAACAACCCCGAGCGCGUCUUCGGCACCGCUGGGUUGUGGGGAGCUGCCCUUAUCACAUGGAGUCGAGCCAUUUUCGUCAUGGCCCUCUUCAGCCAGAUCCUGACCCUCGGAUUUAUCGCCUACGUAGAGAAGCCCCACAUGCAGAAGAUCUACGGCCGCAGCCUCCGUGAAGAGGCCGGCUUGACCAAGUUCAUCAAACGAUCGCUUCCGCCCCCUGUUCAGGGCUGGCAACGUGGUGUUGACAAGGUCCUGGACGACACGUCGCAUUUCGUGGAGGACUUCCUCGAGGCCGCUCGUCCCAAGUUCACAUCAGGUGUCAAGACCAUUGUGCGUGACACGACAGCCCUGUUCAACACAUAUCCUGCGCGCUUCACCAUCACUAGGCUCUCGCUCGACCUUGCUGGCUUCAACCCCAAGCACUACUCUCUGGUGGUGGAGGGAACUCCGUCUAGUCUAUCCGCGGCCAACGAGCGCGCGACUGGCAAGGAGAGCGUCACGGCCCGGUUUCCUCAUCGGGUCGAGACGCUCAUGUUCGAGUAUGGUGCACCUCUCAAGGUGAAGUGGCGGGCCCCCGCGAAUCACGGCAGCAAGGACUGGAUCGGUCUGUACAUGGUCACAGACAAUCACUCGCGAGAGGCUACAGAAGUUCCCUCGCUCGGUCGCUGGGUGCCUACCACUCCCGGCCAGUAUGACGCCACCGCCGACAAGGCCAUUCUCGUUCCCGACCAUCCUGUUUCCUCCGACGGCUCGACUACCCUCGUCGAAGGCGAGGUUGUAUUUGAGGGUGAUCGCCUCUGGUGGACGUCCGGCGUGUUUGAAUUCCGCUACCACCACAAUGGCAAGCACAACGUCAUGACCAUAUCUCAGCCCUUUGAGGUUCGUAUCGGCCGCUUCGACGAAGAAGAUGUUGAGGUCGACUCGCUAGGCGUCUACGAGAAGGCCGUUGAACAGGCCUUGUUGCCACUUGUGCGAAACUGCCUUGACCGCGAUCCGGAUAUUGCACCCACGACGGUCGACGAGCCCUUUGGCGGGCACGUUGAGCGGGACAGCAAGUAUGCGAAGCGUGUUGUGUAUGCCAUUCACCAGGCAUUCGGUGUUGAGUUCGCGCCGGCCGUUGUGCCGGCGGAUGGCAAUGUAAAGAAGCUGGCGUGGCGGAUUUGCAACGCGAAGCAAGUCUUGGUAAGUCUCGCGAUUCGUGACUCGCAACAUUAG